AGAGUAUAGCUUGUCAUAAAACAAUUCCCGGUUGUUUUGUCCCAGGAAAUUAUGUCAUGCUGCGUUGUUCAUUAUUCCUAAUCUCUCUUCUCCCUGCUUCCUCCAAUGCUGUGUGAGUAGGGGUGUUACCAAAGCUGUGGAUCAGCGACUGGUGUACUGAGAAACGUUUUCUUUUUUUCCCCUUUUAAAUACUGCCCCUUGCUCUAACCACUCCCCUUGUUAAUAAAAUAUUGAGGAGGAGUGGCCAAAAAAUAAAAAUACAAAGAGAAGCGCACAUUUCCAUUAGAAACCUGCCCGUUUGCUAAAACACAUAUUUUCUCCCAGCUGAAGCUGUGGGCAGCUCUUGGAGACACAUGAGCUCUGCAGGACAUGCAGCACACGAUGAGAUGGCAUUGGAAGCUCUCCAUCAAAUGCCAUAUAUUCAGGCCAUAUUUUCUGCUUUUAAACCAGCAGUAACCAGAGCACCAAAUUCCUCUGCCGCCAAGGCAGGAGGUGUCUCUAGAAAUUUGCUUUAUGUUUUCACAGAAUGACAGAAUUGUAGGGGUUGGAAGGGACCUCAAGAAAUCAUCAGGUCCAACCCCCAUUUCCUUCAAAAACGACAAAUUUUGCAAGAAAGCCAUCUUUCAAUUUUAUUUUAUUUUUUCCAAUUUUAUCUUUAAAGCUAGAGCAGCGUCUCUUCACACUUGAGUUUGAAAGAGCACCUUUAGGUUGGCCACAGACUGGUGAAAACAUCCCUUUUAUGGAGAAAAAGGGUUUUUGAACGUGCUGGGUGGCAGCUUUAUAUGUCUUUUUUUUUGCUCCCUGCAAGUGUAAAAGAAUUUUGCCCGGCUCAAUUCCCCUACUCCCUGCCCUUUGCAAACUCAAAGCUCAAUUUUAAUCCGCUGAUUUUUGAAGUUUUCCAGAAUUGGGACCCAUGCCUGGAGGGAGCUUUGGCUCAGCUGGGGGGAAGCCUCUGUGAUCCAGAGCAGGAGUAGUCAUUGUGUGUUGCUCCCUCUACCGGAGAAAAUAAGAGGUGCUGGAGGCAAAGGGGCUGAGCGCUGGUGGCUUCUGCUUCUUCUUCCCCCCUCCAAGGUUUUACCCUCACCUCCAAAGGUGGGAAAGGGAGAGGUACUGAUUGCUAAGUGGAAUUUUGGGGAUAACUGCAUGGAAAAGGGCGUUAUGCUCCCCUCCCCAGCUUGGUGCCAAGGUGCACAAACGUCUGUGCAAGAAGAUAAUUGCAAUACAAACAUGAUAAUAAAUGAGAUGAAAGCCCUGCCCUGACCCCGCACUCCUGGAGAAGAAGGGGUUACUAUUGCUUUUUCAAUGCUUUUUAUUUUGAUAUUUCUUUUUGCUAUAUAUAUAUUUUAAGUUUUAUGCUAGUUAAAUAAAAUGUCCUUCCCUUUGCACCUCUCAGAGGCUGCUUCGCUUUCGGAAACCGCUUUUUGUGGGCGGCCUCAGCAGGUUGGGGAGGAGAGGGCAGCAGGCGAGGCUCAGACACCCAGCGCCGCUUCACCCAGCUUUACCUCCAGGAAAAAAAAAUAUAUAUAUAUAUAAAAUAAUAAUAAUUUUCUUUUCUGCCCCUGCACCUGGCUCUGCUGCUCCCUGGGGACUGCUGGCAAUGGCGCUGACAACGGUUUACACCGACCUGGAGUUGCCACCAGGUCCCAGAGGCAUCCCACAGCUCCCAAAGCCUCCUGGUCCCGUUGCAGGUCACCGGUGGUACUGGGUGAUAAUGGGAACCGGAUGGGUUGGGGCCGCCGUCCUGGCGGGCAUCGUGGUGUGGCUGCUGCAGCGACACGAUGGAAACAGCCUCAAUCCCGCUGGCUCGUGCUCCUGGGAAUCCUGCCUGGGCAAGGACACCCCCAGCUCCAACUGCUCCCUGAACUGCUUCCAGCUGGGGCUCAGAGAGCGGCUGUGCGAGGCCAAGAGCCACCAGGCACCAGGUGCCGAGGGCUGCUGGCUCUGCCCUGCGGGCUGGCAGCCCUUCGCCACCAAAUGCUACUGGGUUUCUGCAAAAACCCUGCCCUGGGAAGAGGCAGGAGGUGACUGCAAGGACAGGAGGGCGGAAUUGGUGAUGCUGAAGAGCAUGGAGGAGAAGGUCUUCAUUGGGGCCAUAAGCAAAGAAAUACCAGGGAGCUGGACGGGGCUCAGCACCAUCCCGACUCACGGUGAGGAGUGGACGUGGAUGGAUGGAUCCCCUUUGCAGGAUGAUUUGUGAGUUGUUCCCGAGCCCCAUGCAAAAAUCCCAUCCCAGGAGAAAUUUGGGUUGCUCACCCCCUUCCUUGACAGCAAACUCCCCCCAGAAUCCUUCCAGAGCUGGUGGGGAGCAAAUGAAAUUUGGGCAAUGCGGGCCCGCAGCCCCCAGCUGCUCGGCAAGGAGAGGAAGAAGUGAUCAAAACAUUUUUCCUACAUAUUUUCCCUGUAAUUUCAGGCAGGGAAAUUUCAACUGGUUAAAAAGGAGAUGCCCCAGUCAGGGAUAUUUUGCAGCUGGGGUCCUCCUGUAGCCACAUUGACUUUGAUAUCCAA